CCCACUCUCAAGAUUACAGGCUUGCAAAAUCCUCAGUCUUCUCUCUCUCCCACCUCCCUUUUCUGCCUCUCCCAUCCAGAUGAUAAAUGUCCAGGAGUAACAAAGGACUUCCCCACUCUCUUCAUAGCAAAGGGAAGCUUCUGCAGUUUCUCCAGCCGGAUGUAUUAGCAGCUGUAGCCGUACUCAGUAACUGACGGGGGUGGUGGGGAAGCAACCGGCAGCUGAGGGUGCAAGAUUUGACCCUUCACUUCAGAAAGAGGUUUCAGAAAUGAAUAAGAGUAAGAAGAUUCUCUGUCUUUUUUUGUCUACCUUGUGGGCUGCUAUAAACUCACUUUGACAGCCAACCCAGUUCCAGUGAAUAAUGAUUAAAAGAGAGAAAACACACAUGUUUGGAUCUACCUUCACAGACAGCAGCUUGGGAACAACAACAAUUGCAGCCACACUUCCCAUAGGUGACAUCAUACCUGCCCAUUAUGGAGAAGAACAGCACAAUGAUUCUACUUACUUCAGAUGUACCUAACAAGAAGGAGACUGUGUGUAUUUUUGGAACAGGAGAUUUUGGAAGAUCACUAGGAUAUAAAAUGAUGCAAUGUGGCUAUUCUAUAGUGUUUGGAAGCCGAAGCAUUCAGGCUCCUGGACUGAUCCCUGAAGGAGCCACAGUGCUACCAUAUGCAGAAGCUGCAGAAACAUCUGACGUUAUCAUUUUAGCAGUCCAAAGAGUACAUUACAGCUUUCUUGAAAACCUAGGGGACAUUCUUCGUGGGAAAGUGCUAGUGGAUGUGAGCAACAACCUCAAAAUGAACCAGUACCCCGAAUCCAAUGCUGAAUAUCUUUCUUGGCUGGUGCCAAGGAGCAAGGUGGUGAAAGCAUUUAACACAGUGUCAGCAUGGGCUCUGCAGUCAGGUGCGCUGGAUGCAAGCAGGCAGGUGUUUGUCUGUGGAGAUGACAGCAAGUCAAAAGAAAAGGUGAUGGAGAUUGUUCGAAGCCUUGGUCUUACUCCAUUGGAUAAAGGAUCUCUCUUAGCAGCGACAGAAAUCGAGAAUUACCCUUUGCAACUGUUCCCAAUGUGGAAAUAUCCCAUUUACCUCUCCCUUGCCCUCAGUGCAUUCUUCUUCUUCUACUGUGUGAUCCGUGAUGUGAUCUAUUCCCAUGUUGAAAAAGGCAAAGACUUUUCCUUCUUUAUUGCCAUCACCAUUCCAAACCGUGUCUGCCCUAUUGUGGCACUCAUCCUCCUCGCUUUGGUUUACUUGCCUGGGAUCUUUGCUGCUAUUCUCCAGUUAUGUAGAGGCACAAAAUACAGCCGCUUCCCAGAUUGGCUAGACCAGUGGAUGCUCUGUAGAAAACAACUUGGAUUGGUAGCCUUGGCUUACGCUUUCCUCCAUGUUUUGUACACACUCGUUAUCCCUAUUCGGUACUAUGUAAGAUGGAGGAUCAACAGUUACGUCCUUUCCCAGGUAUUUAACAACAAAACAGAUCCAUUUAACUAUGCAAAUGGCUGGAUCAGUGACUCUUAUGUUGCGCUGGGUAUCUUGGGGUUCUUCCUGUUUGUUCUCCUGGGGAUAACAUCCUUGCCCUCUGUCAGCAACAGUGUCAACUGGAGAGAGUUUCGCUUUGUCCAGUCUUAUCUGGGCUACCUUACACUGGUUUUGUGCACUGCCCACACAUUGGUCUAUGGUGGGAAGAGGUUCCUGAAUACUGCAUCCUACCCCUGGUUCCUUCCUGCAGCUUAUAUCCUCUCUCUCAUUAUCCCUUGCAUUGUGUUGGUCAUGAAGUUUUUUCUCAUCUUUCCAUGUAUUGAUAGACCACUAACCAAUAUUCGACAGGGCUGGGAAAGGAAACCCAAAGACCUAAGCCAGAAAAACAGCAGCUAUUGCAGGUCAGCUGUAUAAGCUCUUAGCAAAUGUGCAAUUUCAGUAUAUAUCUGCAAUAGUGACAAAAGAUUAAGCAACUGAGACACACUGAAUACUGGCUCAAAAAUUAUCUGUUCCAUUGUUACUCUGUAACAUAAAAACCAGCAAUUCUUAGCAAUCCAUCAAUGUUGAUCUUGCUGGAUAUCUAAGGUAUUUGGAAGAUGAAUGUACCCUCCUUUUUUGUCUUUGGGAAUGAAGGAAAUAUUUGCAAUCUUUGUCCUACCUCCUCUGAGUAACAUGGAAACCCAACAUGCAGCGAACCACAUAUUAUGAGAUGAAUUGCAUUGAUUGUAAGUUUAUGGCAAUCUUCCCAAACCAGAUGCCUUUCAGAUUCUUUAUACUUCAGCUCCCCAUCAUCCCUGACCAUUGGCUGUGCUGGAAGGGGAUGAUGGGAGUUGUAGUCCAAAACAUCUGGAGGGCAUCAAAUUGGCUGGUCUAUGGUAUAAGCCAUGACAAUAAAAGAACUAUGGCUUUUAGUCUUAUUGUAUGCUAAGGGGCAUUUCAAUAUCACAAAUCUGACUAGGCCUUCCUAGGCCGUGUGCACUGUGUGGAUAUAAUGUGAAAUGUAUACCUGCAAUGGCACACAGGACAAUUAGCAUACAGAUCACAUGCAAUUUCCUACAGAUUUCCAUUGUUCUGUGACAGGAUUUCCUUACAUUUGAAGGUGAUCAUGAUUGUGUGGAGAGUGUGUUUGUAGUCUUACACAAUGGAAUCCUUUUCCUAUUUAAAGUGUGGUCAAUGGACUUCGUGGUUUUGGAUUGGAUUAAUGGAUGUGAAUUGGAAUUCUAAAUUCGUUCUUCCUAAAAUGGACUCAGGAUCUAAUAAAAUCACCUAUAGUAUUCCCCAGUGUGUAUAUUAUUGUGAAGUGCCAAUCAAUAGAGACAAGCCUGUGAAUGAGGCUAUGACUGAGCCAUACUUGCAAGAAAAAUAUGGUGCAAGUAGAAUUUAAUGCUACCUGCUUUAAAACCAGGGGGGUGGAGGGGAUAACAACAAUUUUUAACUUUUGUAUGCAAAAUUGUGGGAGCUAACUUUACGUAAAAGGAAACAAUGUACAGUAGUUGUAAUUGUAAGGUUCUUGCAUCUGCAGCAGUGUCCUUUUGGGUAGUUUAGUAAUUAUAAUGAAACAUUAACACACACCUGUGGAUUUGAGAACCGAAAGUCAAGAAAGAACAUUAGCAUUUACACUGUGUACAGUGAUGUAAAUGUAUUGUCAUAGAGCUUAAUAAUGCAAUCUCAUGCAUUUUUGUUCAGAACUAAGUCCCGCUGAUUUCCCUGGGGCUUUCUCCUUAGGCUACAAUCCAAUACAUGUCUACUCAGAAGUAAGCUCCAUUGGGCUCAAUGGGACUUACUUGCAGGUGAGUAUGUAUUGGAUUGCAGCCUAAGUCAUAAACUAUUGUGGGUUGUAUCAAAUGCUAGAUCUACUCAGGAUAGAUCAAUUUAAAUGAAGGAACAUGAGAGGGCCAUCUCAGUGGUGGCCCCCAAAUUAUGGAAUGAUUAGUUUGACAAGGUGCGCCUGGCGCCAACACUGUUAUUUUUUCGGCGCCAGGUCAAGACUUUCCUCUUCUCCCAGGCAUUUUAGCAUGUGUUUUAAAUUGUUUUUAUAUUGUUUUAAAUUUUUAAAUUGUGUUUUAAAUUGUUUUUAAAAUAUGUGUUUUAAAUUGUAUAUUUGUUUUAAUGUUUUUGGUUGGUGUAAACCGCCCAGAGAGCUUCGGCUAUGGGGCGGUAUACAAGUGCAAUAAAUAAAUAAUAAAUAAAUAAAUAACACACAAGUGCUUUCAUUCUAGCUUCUUGGGAUACACUAUUACCUGUUGCUAUAUAUUAAUUA